AUGAGUCCUUUGAAUCGCCUUGUCAUGGGUGUCAUGAUCCUUGUACUUGCAAGUGGAUUAUCCAUUAGUGAGAACGUUCCUCGUGACUUGAUGUCAAUUGAUGUGAACGCUGCACCUGUAACCCCUAGAAAUGGAUUCGGAAGCCCAGUUGUAUCAUCGGAUAUUGUCUAUGAUGAGGCCAAUCGAGGUGGGACAGUUACUGUGUCGACAUAUGAGGGCAAUGGUCUAUGGACGUGGCUCAAGACCGCGAUUACGAAAAUACGAGAUGCUGGAAGCCGUCUUCUUCCAGGUGUAGGACCACGAAGUCACCAAGGAGAAGGGACGGUGCUAAUUACAGAAGACAAGGAAGCUGGAACAAUCACGAUCCAAGUUAUCAACGACAUUGAACGUUUCAAACUGUUUGUCAAGUUGUCGCAACGAGUCAUGCAACACGCACCUUUACGUCUCCGUGGAACUACGAAUGAGUGA